AUGACUACCCUGGUGAACCGCAUUCCAAAUUUUUCGUACAACCCAGAUGCAGGUUUGACUUUCGAAUUAUGGUACUCCCGUUACGAGAACAUUCUAGAUACGGAGGGGGCAUCACUUGAUGAUUCGGCCAAGGUGAGAUUGAUCGUACAAAAACUGGAUCAGGAGUCGUUUCAAAAGUACGACGCUCACAUAAUGCCCCUGAAGUAUUCUGAAAUCUCGUUUGGAGAAACAAUUUCUUCGCUAAAGGAAUUGUUUGGCCAUCGGGGCUCGCAAUUUUCGCGACGUUACCAGUAUCUUCAAACAAAAUGCGAAGACACAAGUGGUGGAACGUUCGACGAUUACACGGGCAUGGUUAAUCAACUGCAUGAACUCUCGGAAAUGUCGAAAGUCACUCCAGAUCAAAUGAAGUGUCUAGUAUGGAUAUGUGGGUUGAAAGACGGACGACAUGACAACGUACGUGAAUUAGCGCUUCAAUUCGUAGAAGACCAUCCUGAAACGAACUUGAAGCAGCUCCAUCAACACGUGAAGAAUUUUACAAGACUACAAACAACUUCGAAAACAAUUGCGGGCGCGAAUACCAACGUUGUCUACAGGGUUGACUCCAACAAACCACCAAAUCCAUGCCGUGGGUGCGGAGGUCUUCACUUCAGAGAUUCUUGUCCACACUUGAAUAAGAGCAAACGCUUGUGGAACUUGCUCAAAGGCGGUGGCGAAACAAUCAACGUUCAGCAGGUUGAGCGAGAACAACUUGAGAAGGUUACGGAAGAACUCGUGAAAGAACUAAAAGAAAACUACCCGGAGGUUUUCAGUUCUGGUUUGGGACGUUGCACGAAAACCCAAGCUACGUUCAAACUAAAAGAAGGCGCAGUGCCAGUCUUCCGCAAAAGCCGUCCAGUACCGUACGCGAGCUUGCACAAACUGGAGUAUGAGCUGGAUCGCCUGGUCGACAACGGAGUCAUCUCGCCGGUCACACACUCAGAUUUCGCAGCACCGGUAGUCGUCGUGAAAAAGAAAACGGGUGAGAUAAGACUGUGCGCCGACUACAGCACAGGUCUAAAUGAAAUACUACAAGAUCAUCACCAUCCACUGCCUACGGCCGAAGACAUCUUCACUUCAUUAAAUGGUGGUUUCUAUUUCUCAACGAUCGAUCUCGCAGAGGCGUACCUGCAGAUUGAAGUCGCUGAAGAGUGCAAAAAGAUGCUCUGCAUAAACACUCCAAAGGGGUUAUUUCAGUACAACCGCCUGCCAUUCGGCGUCAAGACAGCACCGGCGACCUUUCAACAGGUAAUCGACACGAUGAUCGCGGGGCUUCAAAAUACCGCUGCAUAUCUAGAUGACAUCGUAGUUACCGGAAGAACCCUCGAGGAGCACAAUGAAUCGCUUCGGAACUUAUUUAAAAGGGUAAAGGAGUAUGGGCUGAAAGUACGUCUCGAUAAAUGUUCGUUCUUGAAGACAGAAAUUAAAUAUCUUGGUCAGUUGAUAACAGCAAACGGAAGGAGACCGGAUAAG